AUGGUAAUCAUAGCUCUUAUUAGCACAUCGUGGAGUCUGAUAUACUUUUUCAAAACUAAAAUUGUGGAAGACAAACGAUGUUUUCCUGUGUUUGUUGAGCCAAAACCUCCUGAAUACAUUUCCUAUCAAACCGUGAAAAGUCAAAGUUGGGAGCUGAAAUUUUUCUCAAUCGAUGGGUACAUCGCAAUAGCCAUCAGUGUCUUAUAUAUAAUUCUAGUCGCUGCACUAGUUUUUGAGUUGAAGAGAACGCAGCAACGAAGGAAGAAUUUGAAAAAUGAUAAACCAAAUAACACGUCAUCAUUGGUCAUUGCAAUGGCGGUGUCCACUUUCGUAACCGAAUUGUUGUAUGGUAUGAAACAUAUGAUAAAUGUAUUCCUAUUUGAUGGAUGUGAAGAGCGAUUAUACUUCAAUGACUUGGACAAUUUGGUGCUAGCUUUCAUCAUAGCCAGUUCUGCUCUCCACUUGUUCAUUUGUAUCAUAAUGUCUUCUCAGUAUAGGGAUACAGCAAAACGAUUAUUUUGGAGAGAGAAAAAGAAAGAGGAAAAUGUGAAGGCCAUUUUGGUGGAGUCAUCUGUUCAUCCGACAACUAUUGGAACUAACAAAUCAUCGGGAACUUUAAACAAAACAUAUUGA